AUUUAGGCCUAAAAUUAGGACGUAAUUAUGAAUUCUCACUUCCAACUCGAUAAUCCCAAUUUGGGCAAAGAAGAUAUUUUAUAUCACAUUGGAUUGACUGCCAAGGAUGAUCUGCAAUCAAUGUUCCAAGACGUAAAGUUUGUAUGCAUGGGAGGAAAACCAUCUCGAAUGCAAAAGUUUGCAGCUUAUUUAGAUGACAAACUCGGAAAACCCAAAACAUCGAGGCGUGAAAAAGGAGAGCUCCUUGAUAUAUCUGGGUCAGCAGGACGAUAUUCCAUGUACAAAGCAGGGCCAGUUUUAUCAGUGAGCCAUGGAAUAGGACAAGCUUCACUCUCUGUAGUUUUGAACGAAGUAUUAAAACUUUUGCACUAUGCAAAGUGUAACAAAGAUGUUAUUUUUAUAAGAAUUGGAUCAAGUGGUGGACUAGGUGUUGAACCAGGAACUCUUGUAAUUACGGACCAACCGUACAACAGCACUCUCGAACCUGUUUUCUUGCAUAUAUCUUUAGGACGAUCAAUUCCACGACCUUGCUCAACCUGUCCAGAUACCAGAAGAGAAUUACUUAACUGUUCGAAAAAUCUUGGUAUUCCUGCAGUGAUAGGAAACACAAUGGCAACUGAUGAUUUCUUCGAAGGUCAAUGCCGACUUGACGGUGCAUUUUGUGACUACAGUGAUGAGGAUAAGAUGAAUUUUCUCAAACGUGCAAACCAAGAAUUGGGCGUGAAAAAUAUAGAAAUGGAAAGUACUUGCUUUUCAGCAAUGUGCAAUCGAGCUAAUGUCAAAAGUGCUGUGAUUUGUUCAGCUCUUUUAAAUCGACUCCAGCAAGACGUUGUUGACGCUACAGUGCAGGAUAUGGACAAAUGGCAACAGCAGUCAUUUGAAGUUGUGGCUGCAUUCAUAUCAAACACCGUGAAUGAUAAUGUAGUUUCUUAAUUUAAAAUAUUUGGUUAAAAAUCUGUGAUUUUAGAAUAUACGUCAUAGACAAUCAAGAUUUACGUAAAAAUAUAUCUGUUUAAAAAUCUGGAUGUUUAGAACGUUCAUCAUGACACUGAAUUUUAUUGUAAUUCUUAUUGAAAUUUCGAACAGUAUAUUUUUUUAAUUUCACUAUUUUUUCAAUCAAAUUCUGUUUUAUUUUCCCUUUUUUGAUGGAAUUUCACAUAACUUUUUUUAAGUACUCAAACGUACGCUUUUAUAAGCAUUGACAUUUUAUUUGGUUUUGUCGUAGUAAUUUUAGAGUUCAUAAAUGAAAUUACAUAGUUCUCAUUUUUAGACCCACAUCAACACCUUUUAAUUUAUUGUUUUUUAUUUAUCAUUCAACUUUCGGUGUGCUAUAUGCGAUCAGUUUGAAUCUAAAACAAUUUUCGGUACUCCCGUAGUGUGUGUACCAGGUGAGGAGGGUUAGGCCAUAAUUUUAUUCCGAUUUUUCUUAUUUUAGUUCUAUCAUGAGUUCGCGGACUGUCUGUGUUAGCCGAGUGAAUGUAUUCCCUGCCCAUAGGCUUCACAACUUGAUGUAAAGUAUAUUUAGGCGAACAAAAUUAGUUACCUCCGUAUUGGUACACACACUUAUGGAGCGUCCACUUUAUAGACUUGAAUGUAUUUUAAGAUGACUUGGGGGAAAGGUACUAGUACCAGCUGUUUGGUUCAAGUGUUAUCACAUCAAGUAUUACAAUUAUAGACGUUUGAUGACAUCUUAUUUAUAAACGCAAGUCAUUGGCUGGUAUAUUCUUAGGGUUUUAAUAUUGUUCAAAGUGAACUACAUUAUAAUAAUUCAGUAUCAGAUUUCAAUUAUUUUUAAUUAUAAUAUGUAAAUGAAAUUGACGUUUUAUUUCACGGGUAUAACUCAUGCAAUUUCAAAAGAUAGAUCUGACUAAUGGAGAAGGGUUUAACAGCUGUGCGUGUCUGAUAGGAUGACCUGUAGACUAGAAAUGAACUUAUUUUUCGAGUCUAUUUAAAUCUACUAAUAUAUUAAUCGAAGGUGAACUGUGUUUGAAAUCGAUUCUAUAUUAUUAUAAAGAAGUGUAUCUCUCA